GAUGGAGGAAACUAGUUGACAAACCAAGAGAAGUUUCUGUGUCUAGGGAAGCUUGGGGUUCAGCUCCUUUUACUUCAGAGAGCUUGAACUCAUUUAAUGCAGUUUUUGAAGCAUGGACUGAAUGAUUCAGUCAUUAUCAAGCCAGACUACAAACAGUGAACGGUUGCUACCAUUGCCAAAUAGGAAAAAUCUGAAGACCUUAUAAAAGCUACACAUGAAGAACAUGUCAUUUGGCACCUUCACUUUUUGAUCCCUACCGAAGACGAUGAGAAGUCACACCACAACAAUGACGACUACUUCAGUCAGCAGCUGGCUCGACUCCUCCCAGGGAGUGCGCUUUAUAACUAACCACAGCAUCCAAUCAGCACACAACGUAUCAGGAGCAUCAAAUUUUACUGCCUGUGCUAUGGAUGAAAAAUUACUCUCUAGUGUGUUAACAGCAUUCUACUCUGUUAUUUUCAUCGUGGGACUGGUUGGAAACAUAAUUGCCCUCUAUGUAUUUCUGGGUAUCCACCGCAAAAGAAAUUCCAUUCAGAUUUACCUCCUUAAUGUAGCCAUUGCAGACCUCUUACUUAUCUUCUGCCUCCCUUUCCGAAUUAUGUAUCACAUUAACCAAAACAAGUGGACGCUAGGUGUGAUUCUUUGCAAGGUUGUGGGAACACUAUUUUAUAUGAACAUGUACAUUAGCAUUAUUUUGCUUGGAUUCAUCAGUUUGGAUCGCUACAUAAAAAUCAAUCGGUCUAUUCAACAACGGAAGGCAAUAACAACCAAACAAAGUAUUUAUGUUUGCUGUACGGUAUGGACAGUUGCUCUUGUUGGAUUUUUAACUAUGAUUAUUUUAACUCUUAAGAGGGGAGGUCAUAAUUCCACAAUGUGUUUCCAUUAUAGAGAUAAGCAUAAUGCAAAAGGAGAAGCAAUUUUUAAUUUAAUUCUUGUAGUCAUGUUCUGGAUAAUUUUCCUACUGAUAAUCCUUUCAUAUAUUAAGAUCGGCAAGAAUCUAUUGAGGAUUUCUAAAAGGAGGUCAAAAUUUCCUAAUUCUGGUAAAUAUGCCACGACAGCCCGGAAUUCCUUUAUUGUGCUUAUCAUUUUUACUGUAUGUUUUGUUCCAUAUCAUGCCUUCCGAUUUGUCUAUAUUUCUUUACAGCUAAAUGUGUCAUCUUGUUAUUGGAAGGAAAUCGUUCACAAAAUCAAUGAGAUCAUGCUGGUUUUCUCAUCUUUCAAUAGCUGCUUAGAUCCAGUCAUGUAUUUCCUGAUGUCUAGUAAUAUCCGCAAAAUAAUGUGCCAACUUCUUUCUAGACGAUUUCAAGGGGAAUCGAGCAGAAGUGAAAGCACCUCAGAAUUUAAACCAGGGUACUCCCUGCACGAGGCACCUGUUGCAGCUAAAAUUCAGUCUACUUCUUAAAGCAUCUGAGAUAAACAUAUUAAAAAGCCUCUCAAUUCCUUGGAGAACUAAAAAUUACAAAACAAAGCUGUAGCAUUUACAAAGCUCAGGUCUUCUCAAAGCUAUUUUCCUACUUCUGACAUUUCACUUGCUUAACUGUAAAAUAUUUCAAGAACAAGAAAAGCUUAUGUUCAUCACUAGAUUUUAAUUCUGUAUGUAAAAUAUUUUCAAAAUAAUACUGUUAAGCUAACACUCUUGACAUAGAUUAUAAAGUUAAGUGAAAUUUAUGGCUUUAAGAACAGAAUUAAAGAAAAUGUCAUAGUUUCUCAAGUCACUAAAGUAGUUACUCAAAAUCAAGUGCCUAAUACUAAUUUAAAGUGUGUUUAAAAGUAAGCUAAAUGAUUUGAGAACCUACUUAAAAUGUCAGAAAAUAUGUUGAUUGUCAUUUAAAAAGCUUGUAAGUUUGCCACUGUAAUUCACUGAUGCCUAAGCCUCUAUAACAGAUGAAAUGAUAAUAAACUUCUACUAAAAAAUGAAA